AUGCCAACUUUGAUCAUUUUGCAGUCAUAUCCUGUCCCUGUUCAUGUGGAAGAUGUUGAAAAUAUAAUCAGCGUUGCUCAGUACAUCUUAGUUGUUGAGAAAGAAUCAGUGUUCCAGAGACUAGCGAAUGAUUUGUUCUGCACAAAAAAUCGUUGUAUUGUAAUAACAGGAAGAGGCUAUCCUGAUGUUCCCACAAGAAGAUUUUUGCGCCUCCUUAUAGAAAAGCUGUGUCUGCCUGCCUAUUGUUUGGUAGAUUGUGAUCCGUAUGGCUUUGACAUACUGACAACAUACAGAUUCGGUUCUAUGCAAAUGGCCUAUGAUGCAAAAUAUCUGUGCAUUCCAGAAAUAAGAUGGCUCGGUGUUUUUCCUUCUGAAGUGGAUAAGUACUGCCUUCCACGGCAAUGCCUGCUACCUUUCACUAAAGAAGAUAAGAUGAAAGUAGAAGCAAUGUUGCCUAGGUGUUACUUGGCAAGAGAGGCACUGCAAUGGAGGGUCGAACUGGAGCUGCUGCUUCAAAGAGGAUUCAAGUGCGAGAUUGAAGCUUUAUCUGUGCAGUCACCUUCAUUCUUGUCUCAAGAAUAUUUACCUGCAAAAAUUCAAGCAGGAGCUUAUAUACUAUAA